CCGCCUCCCGAGCCCCUCGUUUCCUGCUGCUGGCGGAGGCCGAGGGAGAAGGUGGCGGUGGAGGCGGUGACGGAAAGAAAAGUGCCCCGGAGCCGGAGAAGCGAUCGCCUCCACCCCCGCUCGUCCCCGAAGGAAGCCGCCGCCGCCACCCCUUCUUCUUCCUUGCGCCCCGCUGCCUCCCUGUUCUCCGGCCCCCAUUUUUGUGUCCCUUCGCACCCACCCACCCAAGUUUCCCUCUCCGCGGCUCCUGGACUUCCCUGCCUCCCAGCCACUCGCCCACCCAGGACAAUAAGAGCGGGAGAUGUCCUCCUCCGGCGGCCACCAGCAAAGCCAGAGCCGCGCCAUCCCCACCAGGACGGUGCCCAUCAGCGACUCCUCGCAGCUACCUCAUGACUAUUGCACCACGCCCGGGGGGACCCUCUUCUCCACCACGCCCGGAGGUACCAGAAUCAUCUACGACCGCAAGUUUCUGUUAGAUCGGCGCAAUUCUCCCAUGGCUCAAACCCCUCCUUGCCACCUUCCCAAUAUCCCUGGAGUUACCAGUCCUGGUUCUGUGACAGAAGAUUCCAAAGUGGAAGUAAACAAUCUGAACAAUCAUGAUGGGAAGCCUAUAAUUGGUGAUGAUGCUCAGUUUGAGAUGGACAUCUGAUUUUCCCUGAGGGUAACCAUGGAGAGACAGCAAUCCCUGAUCACCUGUGUACAUCUGAUUUUGACCAUCAGGUUCAAUAACUCGAAGGAUGAAAAAAGAAGACGACGCUGCUGCUGCUGCUGUUUCCACAGAAUUUUCACUUCAGUCUUUGAAGUGCCAAAGGAUAAGAGGACUCUCCCUGAUUUCCAUUAAUCAUACCAUGCUUCCUACCCAUCCCCCAUCCCUCUGCUUGCCUUACUCACUCACCCUGUGACUGACGUGGAGCCCAUGAUAAAUUUAUACGGCUAAGGAGCGUCCCUUGGCUUCUCGCACUUUAGAGACAACUGUUCAAAACCAUGCACAUGCGAGAAUUAAACUUCUAUCAACAAUUGGAUAUUUAUUGCAAAACACACAAGGGGCAUGGAAAGGGUGGAUAUAUAUUUGAAGGGACACGACACUGCCAUUGUUCUCCUUUCCCUUAACUGCUGUUAAAUUGAUGUCAAUUUAUUAAUUGGUUUCUAUGUUAUAUCUCUCUUGAUGUGCAGAAUGCACUCUUCGAUAUUUCUAAACGCUGUUGCUCAACUUGUCUUUUUUAGUUAGUAUAACUCUUCAUGUGGGCGCUGCCGUGAGAUUUUCCUAAAAGAGUAUUACUGAAGUUCUUUUUCUGCUUCCCCUGAAAAUUUCUUUUUUUUAAAAAAAAAUAGAUAAAUAAUUUAGAAUCACCACUUCAUCAUGCAUUCAUUUCACUUCGCAUUUCGUCCCAAUAUCAUUUCCCCCCCCCUCCCCUGCCCCAAAAAAGGUUUCUUUCCAAUUUCCUCCUUUAAACCCACCAGUGUUAAAAGUGAACCACAUCUUUUCUUAAUAUAAUUGGGGUGUAUCACACUUGAUGGGCUUCUAUACCAGCGUUUCUCAAACUCAGCGAUUUUAAGCUGCAUGGACUUCAGCUUCCAGAUAUCUGGCAGUUGGUCAACACAGCUUAAAGUUGUGAAGUUUGAGAGACACUGUUCUCUACUAUUCGUCUUCAGUCUUUAAUUUUUGCUGCUCAGUAACAUCUGGUGGGUUCUUGGCAAGUGCAUCUUUGUGCCAAAAUAAUUAAAUAAAGUAAUCUGGUUAUACUUAAUUAGGAGAAACCCAACAAAACAAAAAUGGAAUUUGUGAAAAAGUCUUUGUGUGGACCAGGGAACCUUAAGGAUCAAUUAAUUAUGAAGAUGCUAAGUGCUGAUUUCAUGAUGUGUGACUUCAAAUGAAUUUGAACGGGUGAAUGAUCAGAAAGAUUUCACCGCAAGACCUAUUUGUUCCUUGGUGACUAUCUUCUGUUCCUUGAAUUCAUACAUUAUUAAAUCAGUCACAUUGGAGCCUAUUAUAGAUCCAGUGUCACUAUGGAGGAAGAGUGGCUGAUGAUCUCACUUUAUUCUGUUUAUUUGGAUAUAUUGGCCAUUUUCCACCCAACUCCCAAGUUGAUUAAUUCUGGCAUGAGUGAACUUGUGCUGUUUGCCUGGAAUUGUUGCUGAGAGCAAGUAAGGAUCACUCUGUAGAAAUUCAUCCUUGUGAGAAAAAAAAAACAACAGUCACUGUGAGAGAGAAAAUUGGUGGAUCAGUUUAAUACAGCCAAUGGAUGAAUCCAUGCAAUGACUACAUGGCCCCUUGAUUACUUUGCACCAUGAGAAUGCUGCAAUAUUAGACUUUUUUAUUGUCUAGGCCAGGGAUCUCCAAACUUGGUCACUUUUAAGACUUCAUCUCCCAGAAUUCCUCAGCCAAAAUGGAAUUCUUGAGAGUUGAAGUUCGCAAAUCUUAAAAGUUGCCAAGUUUGGAAACCCCUGGCCUAGGCUAAUGCAGUAAAUAAAACAUCUUUGCUUCAUUUAAAGGUAUCUCACCAAUAGAUGGGAAGCAGAUUUUUUCCCCAAAAAAGUUAAUUAUUUUAGGACGCAGACUUAAAACAAAAACUACAGCGAUGACAGCGGAAAAGAUGUAUUUCCUUCUCCCAGAAGAGGGAAUAAUGCUUAAGACCAUGCUUGCUGUGACCUCGCUAGAUUUUUUUUUAAAGAUAGCAGACACACACACACACACACCCUGAAGUUUCUGGGUGUUUGUCCCGUCUUCAGUGAUGCUUUCCUCCGUUGUAACUUUAUUUUGAAAACGAAGCCUCUAAGGCAAGGAUAAGCUACCAUGACCCACCCAGAUGUCAUUAGACUGCAACUCCCAUUAUCCCUGCCUAUUGGACUUGUUAUCUGAAGCUGAUGGGGGUUGGAGAUUUCUACUGUUCUAAAAUUCUUGCUUCUCUAAAAUAUUUGCCUCUGGUUCCUUUAGGAAGUCUUCCAACAGUGAUUCAUGUGCUACCUCAAAAACAGAAUGACUGAAUUGUGCUAGCUUCCCUAGUGGGGAGGCCACAUCGAUGUGGCAAUUUUGCACAUGGAUUUUAUUGUUCAGGCAUAAUUGGGAGUGGGAAGUGACACAGCCUCAGGGAAUGUGGCAAUUAUACUUGUUUUUAAUGUAGGCUUCACUUCUAGAAGAAUAUCUGAGAAGAAUAUGUUCGUCCUACUGGAUUUUGGCCUAUAAAAUGACUUGAUAGAAUUUAGUUCAGUUCUUGGACUCACCUAUAUUUUCAAAUCUGGGAAGUGACUUAAUUCUCUUAAUAAAUUGGCAACUUAUCAAAAUUGACUGGAUUUAGAAAGUGGGGAGGGCUGUGAUCUAAAAUGUAGAGCACUGGCGGGGACGGUUGUUGCUUCCCCUCUGCCUUUGUGAUAGCUUUGGAGGCGUAUAAGAAAGACAGGAUUUUAUUUUGUUUUGCCUACUGUAAAAAUGUGAAUAAUACAGAAGCAAAAUUGCUUUGUAACUGUCGAUGUCUCAGGAAUAAUCUCUUCUUUGCAAUGUCUCUGGGGAAAGAUCACUGCUUCAAAAGUGGUGAGAAUGCUGUGACUAGGAUGCAGCUGGUCAAGGGAAGAAUCCCUUGAAGUGCAGUGUAAGCAUCUGGAUUUGGGCACUGCAUGUUCGGUCAUAAAUCAGAAACACAGACGGUUCUGUCUGAAACUUCACUGGCCAUGAUGGGAGAGGUGAGAUACAGCCUUGCUUGGCAGAUUUCGGCAAAACUGAAGCUUUAAUCACAAUCCCAGUUUAGCUAACUCCAGCAAGGGAAGGAGAGGGUAAGAAUGGCGUUUGAGGGGCUGCUAACUUGUUCACCUUGCAGUUAUUUUUUUUUUUUUUAGAUAUUUGGAACUUGGGAAUUAACUUUGGUAUGUUACUUUUUUCCUUCCGAUGAUUUAACUAGCAAAAUACCAUUAAUAGGACACUUUUUUCAUAAUUAAAAAACAACAACUUUAUCAGAGAAUUUCAUGAAGGAAGGAAGGAGUGUUCCAGAGAGAAGGAUUGAACAGAUUUCUCUUCUACUGCAGGAUUCCUCAUGUAUUUGGAUAAAUCUCUCCUGGUCUGUCUCUGCUGCAGUUUUCCCCAGUUUAUAAAAUUGAGCCAGUAUAUACUGUAAUUUACCAAUGGUUCUGAGAAAAUAAUGAGUGUCAUUAAGAAACAAAUAAUAUUCCAUUUCCCUAAAACAUGGCUCACUCUUGGCCAUUUUCUCUCUCAUGCCUUCAGGAUUGUACGUCCUAUCCUUGUCUACGAAUAAAGCUGCAUUUUAUAAUACAAGAAGGGAAACCUACCGAGAAAAAAAGAUAAUUGCUUUCUUCUGCAGAAUUUAUCCCCCUAGCACAGUAUAUAUAGUUCUCACCCUCUGAGAACCGAUAGAGAAGACCAAGAUAUAACAAUGCUAGGCAUUUAAAAAUAAGCGGCAAACAUUUAAAAAUGUUUGCCGCUGAUUUUUAUUACUAACCUGUUUCAAGUUCAGAACCACAAUCUCUUUCAUCAGUAAAUUAGCGUUGUAUCUUCUAAACAGGCCUCCAGUGCUAUAUAUGAUUAUUUCCCCUGCUUUUUUUUUUUUUUUUGUAAAGAAAGUUUGGAAUAGCUGAUAAAUUUUUAAGCACUAUUGUGAGCUAAGUGAAUCCACGCCAAACAUUUGAGGUAGGUAAGGCUGCAGGCUUUAGUCCAUUCCCUUUUUUUGCUAACAAAAAGGAACAGGUUUAUAUCUGGUGUAGAACAUGCUUUCCUUUAUUUUCUGCCCUUUUCUUAAAACUUCAUAUUGAAAUACUGUAUAGAUGUAAUCAACUGACUGAAAAUGAUUAAUUAAAGUUCAUUUAUUGAGUCUCUCUUUGGAUUUACCUAGGAUUAGGCCAGCAGACAAACAUAGUGAGGGAUAUAUAUAUAUAUGGGGGAGUAGAGAAAGUGAAGGUGAUUGUGGUGGAAGCUCCUUUUUAAGAUCUUGUGCAUGCAGCACAUGGAAAAAAGGGACGAGACUUCAGUUCUCUUUACCGGUGUUAGCUGGCUGGGGAAUUCUGGGAAUCCCACACACCUUCAAAUUGCCAAGGCUGAAAAACAUUGGUCUUGAUCUUUGGAGAGACUGGCGACAUUCUACCAGGUCAAACAAGGAUGCCUAGUUUUAAGGAAGUUGUGCUUUGCAAAUAAAUAGCUUUUGCAGGUUUGGAAGGAUUUUAUGUGACAUUUGCACAAAAAGAUUUCGGCAAUCAAUGGCGGACAUUUUGUACUAAAAGGUAGAUAGCCUAAGAUGCCAUAUUUUCUUUAUGAAAAACUAAUAAUGAUAAGUUGGACCAGCUUGGCUGUUCUGGAACCUCUCAACUUUCCAGAUAGCAAUUUGAGUCUGAAUGACCAGAAGCUAUUUACAACAUUAUUUUUUAAAAAAUAGCAAAAUCCAUCUAGUAAUGAUGAAAGACAGACACUGAAACCAGAAGUCACCCUUGCACCAAGAGUACAUAUUUAAAAGCAUUUCACUGGAAGUACCUGGAUUUCAUGCAUUGGGUUGAACGCUUGUGCAAAAAUGUAGCAAUUCACGUAUGCCGAAGAAUAAAUAAACGCAGCAAAUGCCUAGGGUGGAAAAUAACACAAGAUUUAACUAUAAUAGGUUGCAGUUUGCCAAUUCAAUUUAGGCUUGUUUACCGAGAAAGGCAAGUUGAGUCUAUUACUUUCCAUCCCCUCAGAUUAUGUGAGACAGUUAAAUAUUUGAUUGGUGUUUAUUUCUUUAUUGUUGUGCUUAACAAUGCAAUUAAUUCCACAAAGUGUGUUCCUUGUGGCAAAAAAAAAAAAAAAUCGAAAUUCUGGUCUUCCAUCCUGUUAGCUACAGCAUCCCAAAUUGGUAUGUUGAUUUAAAAAAACUUCUUCCAGUUCAAUUGUCUAGACCAGUGUUUAAUGCUGGCUCAGAAAUUCAGGGAGUUGAGAUCUACCUAUCUAAAAAUUGCUGAGCUUGUCAAAUACUGGUCUAGAGUGCUUCUGAUAUCUGGUUUUAUUUGCUGAUUUUCACAAAAAAAGAAUGGAAGACAGGGUGGACACUUGUAAUUAUUUGCAACAACUGUGGUAAGUGAGCCACUGCUUUCUAUAAUUGGGAGGACUUAAGUUUAUUUUAGGUAUAGUAGGAACAGUAGAAUUAAAAUAUUUUAAAUACUUGCUAUGGCUCAUCAUCACUGUGAAGGAUUUCUGUUAUAGGAAUAAGAACCUUUUGUACAGAGAACCAAUAAAGGAUGUUUAUAGUGGCCUUGGAAAAUAACCAGUGUUAUGGCUAAAAUACUAUCUGUUUUGACUCCGAGAUGCCACUUAGAACACUUGAACAGAUCCAUGGUAAGUGGCCCUUGCUCUCACCAAAGAUAGUGUGCUCAAUGCUUCAAUGAAGAUUUCUAGGGCCUAACUUAAGAGCUCACAAUUCUGCUACUGUUUCUGGCAUUUGUCUACAUAUAGGAUUGGAUUAACAAACUUUCUAUUGUAAAUUGGCUAGUGUUCCAGUCCUUUGGCCAGGAGGCUACAUUUGAAUCGGGAUCUACUAGUAGAUGGGCAAAGAUUUUCAACCAGGUGUUGAACGAUAACAAAAAGACUCUUUACCUCUAAGAAAAAACAUGCCCUGAGUAGAUAUUUGUGUGAGGCUACUUGUUUUUUUUUGUUUUUUUUGGGGGGGGGGUUUGAGGGAAUCUUUAAUUCUUUCUCUGUGCUUGCCUACCUGAGUGAUUGGCCUGGCUUUAAUCUAGGUGGACCUUGACAGUUGUGGCUGAGAGGCUGGAUAGAUAGAUAUUCUGCAAGUUCUUCACCCAAGAAAAAGCAUCCGGAAUGCUGGUUCCCAUCUCAAAAUUCUUUUGUCCUAGGCCUCUAGUAUCUAAUAUUAUGUCACCCUCAGGUUUCCACUCUUCGCCAUCAUUCAUGGAUUGCUCCUUUAAUAUUUCAAUAGUUGGACAGUUAAGCUUUGUUGCAUUGAGUUUUCAGUAAUCCUCAGGACUGUGUUAAAACUUUCUGGAUUCGUUCUGCAGUUGGGAACUUGGUACCAAACAUAAUUUUGGUCCACAUCCCCUCCUCAUUUCUCUAUUAAUCUUAUCUUGCUGAAUAGAUUUUGCUGAUGGAUGUAAAAGUAAGAUUUGUCUGUAUGACCUUUCAGUUAAUUUUGACAGUGGUGAGUCCAUGAAGGACGUUUUGAUAGGCAUGUCUCUCUGAAGGCUAUUGUUUCCAUUUGUGGCUAAGGAAUUGGAGUUCAAAGAACAGGGAAAAGGAUAAAUUCUAAUGCAGAUGUGGCAUGGUGAUAGAUUGCUUGAACAUUUUGACUCUUGCACCCUGCAAUUUCAUAGGGAUGUUGGCAGGUUGGAAGAUUUGCGGUUUGCCGAUCAUCUGCAAAACUGGGUAACUCUUGAACAUUAAAGAGAAUUCUACUGUGGAGAGAGGGUGAAUGCAAAAAUAAUAUAUGUGUAUGGGUGAAUAUAUACAUCCCAAUAUAUAUAUAAAUAAAUAUGUGUGUGUGUAAAUUACUUUUAGAAGAAAUAACAUCAGGGAAAAUGCUUUGGAUUGAUUAUGAGAUGUAUCUGGUUUAGCUGAUGAUGUUUCAUACAUCUGGCUUUCCAAGCAUCGACAAUAAUUCAUCUAACGUGGAAAUCCAUGUUAUAAGGACCAGCUGUUUAUAAAAUGGUUGUAAAUCAAACAAGAUGUGGGAAAAUCAAUCAGCACUUUCGUCCCCAUUUAUCUGAGGAAUACUCUUCUAUCUUCCCUCUAUUGCAGGGAUCUCCAACCUUGGCAACUUUAAGCCUGGCGGACUUCAACCCCAAGGAUUAAAGUUACCAAGGUUGGAGACCCUUGAUCUAUUGCCUAUUUCAUUGCAUGAGGAUGGCAAACCGGCGUGCCUUUCUUUGCCUUAAGUGGGCAAAGUUCUCCUUCAGACAUUAUAUGUGGCAGCUUGAGGCCUAUCUUAUUUGUUGGUGUUGAAGUAAGAGUAGAGGUUGCUGCCAGAA